AUGAGGUAUGCCCAGCUCGUGAUGGGGCCAGCAGGCAGUGGGAAGUCCACGUAUUGUACGAACGUGCAACGUCAUGCUGAAGACUCGAAACGAUCCAUUCACGUGAUCAAUCUUGACCCGGCCGCGGAACGCUUCGAUUACGUCCCUGCUCUGGACAUACGUGACUUGAUCCAGUUGAGCGACGCCAUGGAAGACGAAGAUCUGAUGUUUGGUCCGAAUGGAGGCCUGGUUUUCUGCAUGGAGUACCUCAUCAACAACAUCAAGUGGCUUGAAGACGAGUUGGGUUCGGGCGAGGAUGACUAUUACCUCCUGGAUUGCCCGGGACAAAUAGAGCUUUUCACCCACAUGAAUGUGAUCCGAACCCUGGUGGAACACUUGGAAGAUUGGAACUUCAGAGUUUGUGGAGUUUUUGUGCUGGACGCGAAUUUCGUCUUGGAAAAUUCUAAAUUCAUAUCAGGGUCUAUGGUCGCUCUCGCCGCAAUGGCAAACUUGGCGAUUCCUCAUGUGAAUAUCAUCACGAAAAUGGAUCUCCUGUCGAAAAGUUCGAAAAAGAGGAUAGAGAGGCAACACGAGCAUUGGACCAACUCUGCAGCACAUGUGGGACCAGGAGAAAGUACAUCGGGCAACCUUUGA